UGCGCUUUAAGCACUAUGCGUACAUUAGGAGAAGGCGUCGUAUAGAUAGACUCCAAUUUGAAAAUUUUUAACAAACAAAACCUAUCGAGUAUUUGUUGUUCGAGUACUCAUUUGGCUCGCUGUGCUUUUCAAAUCUCUCUUUCUGUUGCAGGUAGGCUUUCAUAGAUCGAACCAACUGAAGAUGAGAGAAAGAAGACAGGACGAGAAAUAAAACCAAAGAGGAUCUAAGGAGGAAGUAAAGCGUGAAGAAUAGCCUUUUACAAUGAUGAGCUUUGCGGAUCCGUCAGUGGCCAUCUUAGCAGCUUGCGGCGGCGACACUGUUAAGCUCUUCGAUGUUUCUGUGGAGCCGGGUGAUCCGUGCACCUUGAGCUACACACCUUCUCCUGGGUCACAAGUUAACUCAGUGAAGUGGAAUCACACCAAUAUAGUUGUUGCGAGUGCUGGAGAUGAUAAGAAGAUCUCUUUAUGGCGGAAAAAUGGGCAAAGUAUGGGGACUGUUCCGGUUUCGGGGAGUGAUAGUGGAGACAAUAUUGAUGAAUCUAUAAUGGCUAUCAGCUUUAGCAACAAGGGUUCUAGGUAUAUUUGCUCUGGAGGAACUGGUCAAGUUGUAAGAAUAUGGGAUUUGCAGAGGAAGCGCUGUAUAAAGUGGUUGAAGGGUCACACUGAUACAAUUACAGGUGCAAUUUACAAUUGCAAAGAUGAACACUUGGCUUCUAUCAGUUUAAAGGGUGAUCUUAUUCUUCAUAAUCUUGCUUCUGGAGCGAAGGCUGCUGAACUCAAGGACCCAAAUGAGCAGGUACUGAGAGUGCUUGAUUAUUCUCGUAUUAGCCGACACCUUUUAGUGAUGGCUGGUGAUGAUGGAUCCAUACAUCUAUGGGAUACAACAGGUCGCAGUCCAAAGGUGUCAUGGCUAAAGCAACAUUCUGCACCAACAACUGGUGUUAGCUUCUCACCAUCAAAUGACAAGAUAAUUGCUAGUGUUGGUCUAGAUAAGAAGUUGUACACUUUUGAUUCUGGGACUAAGAAACCUGCAUUUUGCAUUCCUUAUGAGGCACCUUUCUCUUCAUUGGCUUUUCGAGAUGAUGGUUGGAUUCUGGCAGCCGGAACAAGUAGUGGACGGGUAGUUUUUUAUGAUGUCCGUGGAAAACCACAGCCUUUCACUGUUCUUCGGGCUUACGGUAGUUCAGAGGCUGUUACAAGUUUGUGUUGGCAAAGAUCGAAACCCACUAUUGUAAAUGAAACCAACUGUACUGCUGAGACUGCUCUUUUGGGUGGUGCUGGUGAAGAUUCAAUUCUUAUGCCCGACCCACUUCCUUCCAUUACUUCAUCAAACCUUUCUCUUCCCGCAGCAGUCCCUAGUUCUAGGAAUCUUGGGGGUUUAGGUUCUGUUGAUGCAUCUUCUCUUUCUGCAACCAGCAACAUCUCAAGCACAACAUACCUAUCUAAAGCAGAAGAAACCCCUCAUCGAAAUCAUCUGUGGACGGGUGGGCCUUUGGCAAGAUUACAGGCUCCUCGUACUAGUUAUAACUUCAAGGAUGACAUGGAGGUUUUUUCUCCACUAGUAGAUGUUCAGCCUAUUACCCCCUCACUUGAUAAGUUGUGGGACGAUCACGAUGAGUCUAAGAAAGAACGCCUUUCUGUUGAUAAAAAGCCCUCUCUUUUGUCUGGUAGGAGAUUUCCCUUUGCAGAGGAAGGGGGUGCUGAUUCUCACCCAAUCUUUGACUGGAAAUCUUCUUCAACCAAUAGACAGGAUGAGACUCGAACUUCCUUGUCACUUCUUGGGCCUACACCUGUUUCAUCUUCUAAGACUGAUGAUUCUCUUGCCCCCACUCCUGAAGCUUGGGGUGGUGAGGUGUCAUCUGAUAAGCUCACCCACCACCGCCAGCCAUUUUCUCUGCCAUCUCGCCUUGGGAUGUUGAGUUCUGGGAGCCUGACAUCUGGCUCCAUGUUUGCUGGUCUACAGGAUUCUUCUCUGUCCACAAGCCACACAAGUACAAGUUCCCUGGCAAAUUCAGGCCUGAGCUACACAGGCCUCCGUUCCAGAGACAUCUCUAGUCAAGAAAUGUCCUUGGGACUUUCAGAACACAGUCGUUUUAGUUCAAUAUCCACAUCCCUAGGGACAAAAGGCAUCAUAGGACAGGCCAACGUUGAAUCUCUGGGUUCUGCAUCAUUAGCUCUCCCUCGAAGAUUUUCUACCUACGCUGAGAGAAUAAGUACUACUUCUUCCUUUAGUGAAGGAACAGCCCUUGCAAUGAGUUCCCCCAAAGCAAAGAAAACAGGAGCAGAAACCCGAGAAGAACUUUUGAAUAGCUUGUUAUCAAGAUCAGACACCUCAGCUGCCACAGGAGCAGGAAUUCAACAAACAAUAAAUGGAGGAACACCACAGCCACAGAAGGCCUCAUUUCAGGCAGAUACACAGCAAGGUGCCUCCUCGUUUACCCUUCAGCUGGUUCAGCGUACUCUUGAAGAAACUCUGGCAUCAGUCCAGAAAUCCAUCCAUGAGGAUAUGAGGAACCUUCAUAUUGAGAUACUCAGACAAUUCCACAUACAAGAGAUGGAAGUGUCGACCGUGAUGAACUCAAUUCUGGAAAAGCAAGCUGAGCUGAUGAAGGAAGUUCAGUCUCUUAGGAAAGAAAAUCAGCAACUACGUCAGUUACUUUGAGCAAUGGUGAAAAUUGUCAUCAAUGUCCAGAAUCUUGAUGAUGCCUUAAUUGACAAAUUUAUUCUCUGGUUCUUGUUUGUGGCCUAUAGUUGAUAGGCUUGGGCUUUGAGGGUGUGAUUUUCUGGCUCCAAUUGCCAGGUAGUGACAAAGAGAAUUUGAUUCAGACAAAAAAGAAAGGAAAAAAAUUGUAACAUGUACGAAUUAAGUCAUUUAAUCAGUUAUAUGCUUGAAGCUUUCUUUGAUCCCA